AUGCGCGGUGACGUCAUCGGCGCGCGUCCCGGCCGGAUAGAGCAUUCUUGGACAGGACAAACGGUGAUGAUUGUGUAUAUACAGCAGUGUUUUAAAGUGAUCCGUUUCAACGUAAAAUCGGACAAGUGAAAGAAACAGGCGAGAGUCGUCAGUGAGUAACGCGGGCAGUUAGUUGACAUAGCUUGCGGUGGUUGAGACUCCUGCUCUUUCGCCUCUUGCUGCUGUCAUCUUAAAUAAUGGAGGAGCCUCAUGUUCAUUGCAUGUCCUGCAUAAGCAGAAGAUGCAUGGUCAAACCUGAACCCGGCACUUCCUGUGACCUCAUCAGCUGCCCUCUUGUGUGUGGUGCUGUCUUCCACAGCUGCAAGGCAGUUGAACACAAACUGCUGUGCCCGCUUGAAAGGGUGCCAUGUCUUAACCAAAGCAUUGGAUGCCCUUUUACACUGGCCCGUGGCCAGAUGGCAGAGCACCUUGAGGUGUGUCCUGCAGGUGUGGUGUGCUGCUCUAUGGAGUGGAAUAGGUGGCCAGUGAACGACGAGGAUUAUCGUUCGUAUGAGAGACUGAGUCAAGAAGCAUAUGAGGUGGAGCAGCUUGACAUGGCGCUUGCCCUCCAGGACCAGCGCACCAUGUUAGCGUCACUCAAACUCGUCUCUCUGGCUCCCACUAGUAGUCCGGAGAAAAGGACUCAGGCGGCAGGACAAAACAAAAAGCCUGGCCUAGUCUCAGUUGCUCAGGCUCCAUGUGUGCAGGUGGAGAGUGUUGAGAUGGAGCCUAUGGCUGGUUGCUCGAAAGAAAAGAUUUCCAAUGGGAUUAACGGUAUUAAAGAAGAACAUUAUGGUGAGCUCUACCAAACCACAGUAGAGACAACCAAAAGCCUGUCUGCAGCUCUCAACGUCCUGAUCCACCUUAAUUCUUCAGAAACAGACGGUACAGACACUAAUGCAUCAGCUGGACUUACAGAACGCAAUGGGAAACUGCAUGAAAAGGUGAGGAUGAGAGAGGAUGCCGGGUUUAGCUGUGAUAAAAUAGCUAGCGAAGUCAAUGGCCUAAAGGAGGAGCUACAGCCUCAACAGCACCAGAAACUCAUGGAACUUGGCAGGAGCUUGGCCUCUGCUCUCGGAGCAUUAGGAGAUGCUGUCAAAGGCACUGAGACAAUUAAUGGUUCGAUAGUAAAUGACAAUGGUAAGCUCAUUCAGUCAGAAACUUUGGAGUCUGCAGAUGUUGAUAUGAAGGAUGUUACAUCAGUGGUUGAUGGUGAGCUUGGGGCUGUUGGGGGAUUUGAUAGUGGAGAACCCACUUUAGAUGUUCUUGCUCAUGAGGCAACAGGUGAGUGUCGACCAGUCAUGUUGGAAGACAUCGAUAGACAAGGGUUCUGUAAUGGCUCUCAUAGUAUUGUAGAUGACUUAAUGGAAUCAACUCAAAACCCAGAGUCUCAAGGUUCUUGGGAGUUUAUUGGUCCUUUAAUUCCCCAUAGGCCAGAAAUCAGACAAGAUCAACAUGCUUUCUUGAUUCAGGAGGCCUCUGGAUCACAAGCUCCAUUACUGCAGCAACCUUUACAUGCUCAGACUCUGACCGUCCAGAGAGACAGUGCUCUACCAACAAUGGCAUUAGACUUUGAAGACAGAGCUUUUGAGAGGAAACUCCAAAACCUUCAGUUCCUGCGCAACUUUAUGCCACUUGCUCUUAAUGGACGGAAGGGGUCGUUUACAGAAGUCUUUCCUCAUAGAAAUCCACAUUGCAAAAUGGAGGACAAAGCGGUAGACACAUCGGAUUUGAAUCAGGAGCCAAUGGAUGACCCAAUGGGACUUGGCGAAAUUGACUUUACGGCAGCCGCUCUUCUGUUCUGCUUGGAGGAGUCACCACGAGCUCGGAGGAUAUCCGACACAGUCUAUGCGUUUGGGGGCACACGUGUUGACUUCGGUACCCAGACAUUUAGUUUCCCUGCUGCCAUCUUGGCAACAAGUACGAUGGUUGGCGAGGUUGCAUCGGCUUCCGCUUGCGAUCGAGCCGCACCACGCCUUUCACAACCAAGUCCGUUUUGCACUCUACGGCUUGAUCUGACGCUGGAGCAGCUAGUGCCUCGCCCAAGCUGGGCUCCACGCGAGGGCUCCAUGUUUACCUUUGAGUGCGGCCAGCUCUUCCGUCGAGAAGAGUUCCUCUCGCAUGUUCGCAAUGUUCAUGGAGAUAUCCAUUCUGGACUCAAUAGCUGGAUGGAGCACCGUUGUCCUUUAGCGUAUUAUGGCUGCACAUACUCCCAACGCAGAUUCUGCCCAUCCUCUCAGGGCUCAAAAGUUGUUCACGACCGCCACCUCAGGUCCUUCGGGGUGCAACCCAUCUCGGAACCUGUGACUCAACCCAAGUGUGAUCACCUUAGUGGAUUGCCAUUUGAAGUACUUCAACAUUUAGCCCGGUUUUUGGAUGGCUUUAGCCUAUGUCAACUGUCAAUGGUGUCCCGUACAAUGAGGGAUGUUUGCGCCAGUCUGCUGCAGACUCGUGGCAUGGUGGUGGUACAAUGGGAAAAGAAGCAAUAUUUGGAUGGAAGACAAUCCUGGCAGAUAAAAGACAAGGUUUGGCGUUUCAGCACAGCUUUUAGCCCAGUUAACCGCUGGGAGUUUGCGGACAUCUCUAGCAUGGCAGACCAUCUGAAACAUUGCCCAUACAAUGAAGUCCUCCGGCAAGUGGAGGCGGUUCCACUGCCCUGCAUGUGCACGACCAGAGAGCUAACACGAGACGGCAGAUCGCUUCGAUCUGUUCUCAAACCAGUAUCAUAACACUACGAAAACGUAGUUUGCAAAACAUAACUAAAACACUACAAUAUCUAACCUCUUCGAUCUACAGUAUAAUAUCACUGUGUAAAUAAAAGGAAACUAAAUAUUU